AUGGUAAAGACGUCAACCCUUAGCAUGCUUGUAGCGUGCCCCUUCCUUGCCUUGGGUGUUCAAGGCGAGGGUGCAAACGUCACAUGCCCCGAAUACCGACAAUUCAACCCCAGCCGUUUCGAGGCAGAAUACGUGGACGACGAGGGCUUGUCCAUCCAGUACAUGGCUCCUAAUGGCUGCGAGUGCGUCGAAGGGAUGGACGACAUGCACUGCAAGUUCUGCGAAACCGACGAGGGUUGCCAGUCUGAAAAUGCCAAUCAAUUCUGCAGGCGAGGAGUUACGGUUCACGCCAAUGACACCUACAAGUCCUUCAAAUGCCGAUUGUCCCCCGUCCUCGAAUUGCUCAUGCCCAGAGGAGAACUCUCCCUCCACAUGGACCAGAUCAACAGGAGCGCUCACAUGGUACUCUACAACUGGGAAAUGGCGGAACCAAUCAAUGGAGGACAUGCUAUUGAAUGCAACUUUUACGGCUGCGAUAUGAUCCCCGGCGAACAAGACGUGACAUGCGAGGAAUCCGUCUGCGAUUGCACCGACCAAUGCAGUGAUUUUUCCAAUAACAUUGUACUCUACAUGUCUGGACACGAGGCAUUCUUCAAUGUCACCGGAGAUGGAGUAGGUGAACACCAUGUGGAGUUGCACAUGGAGGGGGCUCCAUUCGAUAUCGCGGCUAUUUGUACCGCUUCUGCCUGUGUCGAAGGUCUCGGUCUCGACUUGAAUAAAAACAUGACCUCUUUCGACUUGCAAGGGGUUGGCAACAGCACCGAAGUGGGAAAGUGA